AUGUUGAUAUUUUGAUCCGGAUUUCGGUAUCGUCGUUUCUCUUCACGGCUGUGCGAUCAGUCUUACUGCAAAUAUUUGCGUAACGAGUGCGAAACACGGUCUUUCUCGGCGCUUCUUUCGGGAAGCAUAAAGGCCGAGGAGGGGGAGAUGAUGGAGGACUUUGACGAGAUUUACGAGGAAGACGAAGAAGAGGACGAGGACAGGGCCGCGGAGGAGCAGCUGCUCAAAUACGCUCCGGACCCGGUGAUAGUGCGCGGAUCCGGACACGUCACUGUGUUUGGACUGAGCAAUAAAUUUGAGUCUGAGUUCCCCUCAGCCCUUACAGGGAAGGUUGCACCGGAGGAGUUCAAAGCCAGCAUAAACAAUGUGAACAGCUGUCUGAGGAAGGCUCUCCCAGUCAAUGUGCGCUGGCUGUUGUGCGGCUGUCUGUGCUGUUGCUGUACCCUGGGCUUUAGUCUGUGGCCGGUCAUCUGUCUGAGCAAGAGGACACGCAGAUCCAUAGAAAAGUUACUGGAGUGGGAAAACAACAGAUUGUAUCACAAGCUAUGUUUGCAUUGGAGGCUCAGCAAAAGGAAGUGUGAAACCAACAACAUGAUGGAAUAUGUCAUCCUGAUAGAGUUUCUACCCAAGAUUCCCAUCUUCAGGCCGGAUUAGCUGUGGCGGGCCAGAGCUCGUCCCUCCGGCGUGGUCUUCCUGAGGUGCCUUUCUCCGGUACAGUCAUGGGUUUUAUCAUGUGGCCUCGUCCCUUUUCCCUCCACACUCUGAGCCAGCGACUCAC